UCAAGAUGUCUGCCCCCAUGGCAGGUCGCACGAUGUUCUCUCUGGCAAAGGUAAUGGACAAGUUUUCUUAUUUUCGUGCAAUCUCAACAAAAUGCCAUCUGCCGGGAACAGUUACCUCAAUCUCAACAGAUGCUGUCAACAGUGGUCCAAAAAUCAGAUGUUCGCUUACAAAAUGUGCGGCACAUGUAAGGCAUCGAGGGCUCACAUCACAUCAUCAGCAGCUCUUAAACACUCUACCAGUCGCCAGCAGCCAACAGAGACAAUUUCAUAGGAGCCCAUUAUACCAAGGCCUUGAGGAAUUCUUUGACGAUCCAAAAAAUUAUGGAGAGCCUGACGUGAAAGCAGGGAGACAUUGGGAAGUUGAUGACAUCCGACUUAAAGACAACGCAACGCUGCAUAAGCUUUGGUACGUGCUGUUAAAGGAAAAAAAUAUGUUACUGACGCUGGAGGCUGAGGCUUUGAGGCAAGACCGGUUCAUGCCAGGGGAAGAAAGAUUAGAAAAGGUGGAAAAGUCCAUGAGUAACAUACAGCAGGUGAUCAGAGAAAGGAACGAGGCACUGACUGAGCUGAAGACGGGACACAAAGACGAACACCCCGGCAAGAUGGUGUACACACCGUUCGGAUAUAGGCGUUACCUGAAACCAAGGGAGCACUACGUUCCGUCGUAUUUCAACAAACAUUACCAGCGGAAGCGUUACGUCUACGCGCCGUACGUGCGGAAAAUCAUGGGAAAAUGGAUGGAACAGGAGCAAGAUAACAGGAAGAAGGAGAAUAGGCGACGUCAUAAUACAGAAAGGAAACUCAAGAAGAGAUUCCCGAACGCGGAUGUGUGGCAAAACGAUUGAUGUCGGUAUCGCUGAUUGAUAGUUUCUUACCCCUUUUUGUUUUGCUAAUUCUAUGUGGUUACCCUUUGUCAUGCAUUGUUGCCAGCUGAUAUUUACGGUCUCUUUUAGCGCUUCUCUCUUUUAGUUUGUAAAGAGUGAAAAGCAACGGAUUUACAGAGCUGCUUACUCUCACCAUUUCUGCAGCAAAGUUCCCUGAAAAUAGACCAAUCUUUCCAUGUUCUGAUGAACAAAGUUGAAAAUCAGGUUUACGUCGGUUGCACCAAGACAUUUAUAUGACCGAAAUGCGGUUACUAAAAAUCUUGAAUUUUUGCUUGCUCAUAUUUUACGUCGUAAAGUUUUAGACACAGCACCAAAAUAACCAGGUAGAAGAGACAAGUUUAAAAAUGACAAGUGUCACACAGCAUCUUUAAAUUACGAAAAUUAUCACAUGUAUAUAUUUAUUUACAAUCCUUACAUUUGUUCUCAUAAUUUUUGUGGUAAAUAAAACAUCCUCAUAUUAAACAAAAUCUGUUUGAUCGUUUAUAUUAUUAUAUUUAUAAUUUUACAAUUAAUAGAUUCUUUGAAUGCAAGGUCGCCCAAAUCAAGGUUAAAAGCCACUAUUUGUAAAGAGCUACAAAAAGAAAACAGUUAAGAUCCAUAUAACUCAGGGGAGAUGAAGAUAUAAAUUGAUAUUCCCCUUAAAACAGUCUAGAUUGUAGGAUGGAGGGAAACAUGCACCAGGCAAGGAGUUCCAAAGAGAUGCAGUAAGUGGAAUUUGAAAGCCUGGCAUGGAUUUUUUUCUGUAAAAGGGCAAGGCCAUUUCCAAUGGGCACUUCCAUAGCAAGUCUAAUAGAACCCAGAGAUAGCCGAGUGUGUUAUUGUGCAUGCGUUUUCGUUGUGAGACCAUUUUUAUGGACACAUAUACGCCAUAUGCUGUGUAUGGCAAAACAUUUUGCCGUACGGUAAACGUCACAUUGACCGAUGGAAACGGUCUAUGAUGUGUGAUGCCAUCGUGCCAUUUUCCCAGACACGCGUGAUGCCCAUUUUGCCAUACACGUGUAUCGCGCGGUAUUGAUGCGCCGCAUCCACAGACAACACAGAGGGCAGUCGAGCUCAGCGUUCGCCGGGUUCUAUUUCUAUGCUGGCCACAGACCUAUGGUGGGAAAGUUAGUCUUAAAAUUAAUUAAAAACACCUCAUAUAAAUUUAGCUUUCAAAUUAAGUCUGAUGAAUUUUUCAACUUAAUUAAAAAGUUUCAUGUGUAGUCGGAAUUAUUUGUAUACAAACCCUACACUCCAAAUUUUGGCUUGUGUGCUUUAAAAAAAUGAAUGGUUAGCAAAAUAACAAUUUGUUGAAAAAAUUCAGGCAAAAUUAAAUAAUUUAUUUAGUCUCACUAAACAGGCCGCACUAUCAGAAUUCAUUUAUUGCCAUUAGAAGUAGAGAAUUUUUACUUUCUUCAUGAUUUAAAAAAAAAACCAAAAAAAAAACAAUUCUUUUCAUUCUGAUCCCAAUUAAAAAAUUUUGCUUACUCCACCAUACAAGGCAGUCUUCACUUACACAGCCAGCCCUGGGCCCAAUUUCAUAGAGCUGCUUAAGGAGACAAUAUUGCUUAACAAUUUUCUGCUACAUGUAAGCAGAAAUGAGCCGAACACCAUUCACAAAUUGUACAUGCGACAUGGUAGUUUGGCUGGUGACCAUAUUUUUACUGUGCUUAGCUCCUUUUUGUGCUGAGGCUGAGCUCUCUACGUAUUGAUUCCAGAAUUUUGCGCUUGCAGCGAAUGGUGGUCGUAAGCGCAGAAUUCGGGGUUAAGGGCAGAGCCAUGAAAUUGGGCCCUGUUGAUGAAUCUUGUCGAUUAGUCCUACCACCAUAGCGGCAUUCCAGGGAUUUUAACGCAGAUCGCCUUUCGGCACUUCA